GAGGACGGGGUUUUCAGUGACCAGCACCUGGAUAACCUGGAGAGGAGCUGCAGCCCGGACCAGGAGGAACCAGGGCAUCCACAGACUACAGAACUGGAGGAAGACUCCAGCGGUCAAGAGAUGAAGCACGAGGAAGUAGAGGUGGAUGUCUCAUUGGUCAAUGUCGCUGUUGUGAAAGUUGAAAAUGGUGAACCAGGACCAAACUGUGGCCAGCUGCUGUUGCACACUUCUCCUGAAGCUCAAAACAAAGAUGAAGAAGGGACUGAAAGUUUACGCUCAGACUCCAGUAAAACUGCAGAUCCGGAGCCAAUGAGACGACACGGUGACCACGAAGAAGCUGCUGUCCCGUCAGACAGCAACUGUAAAUCAAAGCUGACCAGGACCCACACGGGGAAGAAGGCGUUUUCUUGUAGCACUUGCAGGAAAGAGUUCAGUAAAAGUUGUAAUUUAAUGGCUCACAUGAAGAUCCACACUGGCGAAAGGCCGUACCUGUGCAACACCUGUGGAAAAUCAUCAACUCUCAAAAGCCACAUAACCACGCACACGGGCGAGAAGCCCUACAUGUGCAAAACAUGUGGUAAGAGUUACAGGCAAAAUUCCAGCCUGGUGAUUCACUCGAGGAUCCACACGGGCGAGAAGCCCUACAUCUGCAAAACAUGUGGAAAGAGUUACAGGCAAAAUUCCAGCCUGGUGAUUCACUCGAGGACCCACACCGGCGAAAAGCCGUACCUGUGUAACACCUGCGGAAAAAACUUUACUAAAUCAUCAAAUCUUAAAAGCCACAAAACCACGCACACGGGCGAGAAGCCCUACAUCUGCAAAACAUGUGGAAAAAGUUACAGGCUACGUGCCGACCUGGUGGUUCACUCGAGGAUCCACACGGGCGAGAAGCCCCACAUCUGCAAAACAUGUGGAAAGAGUUACAGGCAAAAUUCCAGCCUGGUGGUUCACUCGAGGACCCACACCGGCGAAAGGCCGUACCUGUGCAACACCUGCGGAAAAAGCUUUACUAGAUUAUCACAUCUUAAAAGCCACCUAACCACACAUAUGGGCGAGAAGGUAUAUUUGUGCAAGACGUGCAACAAAGGUUUUAGUCGCAGAAGUAAUUUGCUGAGUCACAUGAAGAUCCACACUGGCGAAAGGCCGUACCUGUGCAACAUCUGCGGCAACGCCUUUAUUAAUUUAUCAUAUCUUAAAAGCCACAUAACCACGCACACGGGCGAGAAGCCCUACAUCUGCAAAACAUGUGGAAAGAGUUACAAGCAACAUUCCCACCUGGUGAUUCACUCCAGGACCCACACUGGCGAAAGGCCAUACCUGUGCAACACGUGCGGAAAAACCUUUACUUAUUUACCGGUUCUUAACCGUCACAUAGCCACGCACACGGGCGAGAAGCCCUACAUCUGCAAAACAUGUGGAAAGAGUUACAAGCAACGUUCCAGCCUGGUGAUUCACUCGAGGACCCACACCGGCGAAAGGCCGUACCUGUGCAACACCUGCAACAAAACCUUUACUAGAUCAUCACAUCUUAAAAGCCACAUAACCACGCACACGGGCGAGAAGCCAUAUUUGUGCAAGACGUGCAACAAAGGUUUUAGCCGCAGAAUUUAUUUGCUGAGUCACAUGAAAAAUCACCCGGAGGAGAAGUCUGGUGAUUCGUGACAAAUGAAGCUCAUGUUGUUUUCCUCCGGGGGCAGCUGUCCACUCCUGUCUGACCCACAGAAGAAGAACCCGCAGAAGUCCAACCACCACCUCCUGUGGAUGAUGAGCCUAAUCCCCUCCCCACAAGGGUUGCAGGUUCAACACGGAUUUAUGCUUCUCCCUCAACUUGACGCAGAGGGAACGAUGUGGUUGUGUACUUUUUUUAAAGUUCUGCAUUGAGUUGUUUGAAUCCCUGUUCCUUCUUAAAAUCGUAUUAUU